AUAAACAGUGAACGUAACUGAACAUAACCUUCUACCUUUUACGACAGUCGCUUUAAAAUUUCAAACAGUGAGACUUUCUGAAUCGUAGUAGAACAUCUAUGUGCCCAUUCAGUAAUCAUGAACAAAUUACUGGAAGAACUCAAGAGGAAAAGAGAACAACUCGCAGAGAAGCAACUACUUGAGCCUGGGAAAAAAUACUUUAAACGCUCUGAAUUGCUAACAAAAGAAAGGGAGGAAUAUUUUGAAAAGUACAGAGCUAGUCAAAAUAAUGACCAUCAAAAUGUUGAAAAAGAAUGCUCAGGUGAUUCCAGUUCUCACAAUGAUCCGGAGCAUCAAACACUGUCUCGGAAAGAAGUCAUGAGAAGGCUGAGAGAGAGAGGGGAACCUAUUUUACUUUUUGGUGAAACAGAGUUGGAAUCUUUUAAACGAUUACGGCAGCAUGAGAUCUUAGAGCCUGAAGCUCAAAAGGGAUUCCGGAAUGACUUCCAAGAGGCGUUAGAAAAAGUUGACCAAGAUUAUUUAGAUGAGAUAAUUGCCUCUCAAACUAAAUCCACCAACAAAACGAUGCAGAAGGAUCUCGAAAAUGUCUUAAGUUACGAAGAAAUCCAAGAGGAAGCUAAAACUUUAGGCAAAGGAGAUAGAAAUCAUGAUAUGGAUGUGAUCAUGCACUUACUACAGUUGCUCCUGAAAAUGUGGUUUGAUAAAUUGAAUACGAGGAGUGGACAGGAGAAAUCGGGGGCAAAAGGAAAGUAUGCUCUCGCGAUUUUUACUCAAACUCAACAAUACCUCAAACCCUUGUUCAGAAAAUUAAAAACCAAAACUUUACCCGAAGAUAUCUCGGAUAGUUUGAUGGAAAUCACCAAGCACCUUCUCAACCGGAAUUACAUACAGGCUAGUGAUUCUUACCUUGAAAUGGCAAUUGGCAAUGCCCCAUGGCCAAUUGGUGUCACCAUGGUUGGUAUCCACGCCCGUACUGGUCGAGAAAAGAUUUUCUCCAAAAAUGUUGCACACGUUCUGAACGAUGAAACACAAAGAAAAUUUAUUCAGGCUCUGAAAAGACUAAUGUCGCGGUGUCAGGAAUUUUUCCCCACUGAUCCAUCUAGAUGUGUGGAAUAUGUACCCCCGGAAACAUAAAUUUCUUUGUUUAUCUUCUGAAUGUUUUCAUCUGUUACUUCAAUGAAUUUUUCCUGAAAAAAAGAGGGUACCUCUCAUUUUCGUAGAAUGGAGUGAUCCAUGGUUUGUUCUGAAUGCAAUUGUGUAAUGCAAACUUAUCAAAAUUAAAACAAACGUAAGUUACCAUGAACGAGGUUUAAGGUAGAGUUGACUCCUUAUGCCAGGAUGCACUUGUUUGCAUAUGAGCUGGCUUUAGUAGAAGGAAAGAGGGAAAUAUAAACAUGCUUGCUCACUUCCCGUCUGUGUGUGUUUAUUAUUUUCCAAGGUUUCUUUCUUUUUACACUCUGAGUUGUUCUUGCAGGUUCACUCUUGCCCCCUUUUUUCUUAUCCUUCGUAUAUCUAUCAUAUAUUCAUCUGUUGGAUGUUUUAUUUCGAUCAGAUGGUUGCUUCACGAUGAUGUACCUUUCUACUCUAACCUAGGAUUGGCAAGAUGUUUUUUAUACCUAAUCCUUCUCUGCCUUUUCAGAUAUUUUAACUGGAUAAAUAAUUACACUUGUAUUUUCAUUUGACAUUUUUACUUAGUUAAUCCUUGACUUCACUUUUUGUGUUUUACGGGUAGCAUUUUAUUUGAACAACAUUGUAAAUGAAAUACCUGUGGAUUUUUGAUACAUUAUCUGUUAAUAAGCUAAAAAUGGAAAUUUCAUUGAAUUUGUUCCAUGGAAUCAUAUGAUUGGUCCAGUAGCGAUUGAUAAUGUUCUUCCUGAAUAGAGUGUAAUGAAAGAGGCUUUAUUUAAAAAUUCGGGAAAAUUGUGUAAAGUAAGAUGUGCCCUGAAUAAGCUUGCUCUCAUCAGCUUUUUUCCGCUUAUAGUGUCUGAGAGUUGCAAACCUAGUGAAAGACUCCAUUCCGAAAGGAUUUGCGUUUGCAUACUUGUAUUGACAUGUUAAGUUCAACUGAGUUAAUUAAAUUAGCUUGUACAAAAACCACUAAUGCCCCUCUUUUUCUAAUUCUGGAAA